ACGUAUCCGCGCCCGUCUUUGGAAUUGCUACAACCUACUCUUCCGAGUAUCUCCGGGUCAUCUCGCUUGAGAUAGGAUAGGAAAGGAAAGCUCCCGCGCAAAAGCAAGUGGCUCUCGCCAUCCGCAUCAUUAUCUUCAGCAGGUGUUUCCUCAUGAUGCCGCUGAUGGAUGGCGCUCGUGAUGUCGGUGAAGGGCUGCAACUUGGAAGCAGCAUCCUGAUUGGCUCCGAUGCCGAGGGGAGAGAGAGCGGGAGCAAAAGAGAGAGCCGGAAAGCGCCAGCUUCAUUCCUCUACAGUGGUGCCUCCGUCUCCGCAGUGCGCGUCGUACGUCACACCGCUCCAUCUCCGCACUCGCGGCACAAUCCCCAUUUCUGCAAACAGUCUCUGUGUGUUUUUCUUCCUUUUUUUUUUUUUUUUUUUUUUGGAACUCUGCCUACCCGCCCAAGUUUCUCUCAACCUUGACUUGGAUUCCCACAAGGACAACGGCGGCCCCUUGAUCGCUCGUGAGUGCAGGUGCGAGCCCAUGCAGACGGCGGAGAGAAUGUCCCUGCAGGAGGGAAACGCCAGCGCGUCGGAGGCGUCCGGCUGCGUGGAGCUGUGGAAUAUCAGCGUGGAAUUCAACGCGAGCUGCGCCAACACAUCCACCAACAGACCCAAAGAGAUGGACGCUCUGCUCAUCGUGCUCUACACGCUCAUCUUCCUGCUCGGCGUCUUCGGCAACCUGCUCAUCAUCGUCGUGCUGAUUCUCAACAAGCGCAUGAGGACGGUCACCAACUCCUUCCUGCUGUCGCUUGCGAUCAGCGACCUGAUGAUGGCCAUCUUCUGCAUGCCCUUCACGUUCAUCCCCAACAUCCUGGGGGACUUCAUCUUUGGGGCCGCCCUGUGCAAGACGGUGGCCUACUUCAUGGGGCUCUCGGUCAGCAUUUCCACCUUCAGUCUGGUGGCUAUCGCCAUCGAGCGAUACAGUGCCAUCUGCAACCCGCUGAAGUCCAGAGCGUGGCAGACGCGAUCCCACGCAUACCGCGUCAUCGCCGCCACCUGGGUGCUCUCUCUGCUCAUCAUGAUUCCGUAUCCGGUGUUCAGCACCACCAAGACUUUCCCCAAGGCCAACGGCACCGUGGGCCACAUGUGUCGCCUCAUCUAUCCCAGUCACCACGCCGAGCAAAGCUGGUACGUGCUUCUGCUGUUCAUUUUGUUCUUCAUCCCGGGAGUGGUGAUGGCCGUAGCCUACGGGCUGAUCUCCAGGGAGCUUUACCGGGGCAUGCGCUUUGAAAUGAAGCAGAACCAAGCGGAGACCACCGAGCUGAGAAACGGCACCGUGGCCGAGUCAAACGACGAGGACGACGACGACGACGGUUGCUACGUUCAGGUUCCCAAAAAGUCCUCCGCCGUGGAGCUGCCCGCCCUCCCCAACUCAGCGUCGUCAUCCUCCGCCGCUUCGGCGCCGCCCAAAACCGAGCGCGCGCGCAGCAACACCUCCAACGCCAAGUUGCGGGCCAAAAAGCGGGUCAUCCGCAUGUUGCUGGUGAUCGUGGCGCUUUUCUUCGUCUGCUGGAUGCCGCUGUACUGGGCCAACACCUGGAAGGCUUUUGACUGGAAUGCGGCCACCAAAGCCCUGACGGGGAUCCCCAUUUCCUUCAUCCACCUGCUGUCGUACACCUCCGCCUGCGUCAAUCCCGUCAUCUACUGCUUCAUGAACACCCGCUUCCGCAAAGCCCUGCUGGCUACCUUUGCCCGCUGCUGUCGCAACCGCCUGUGCCGCAAGUGCUGCCCGUCCCUGCUGGAGGCCGGAGAGGACGGCGCCACGGGCUAUUCCAUGGCCACCACCAUGGCCACUUCCGUGUCAAAGUACAGCUACACCACCGUCGGCUCCACGCCCACCUGAUGCGCCUCCGCGACGCCGGCCGGCGACCGCUGCGCCCGUUUGCGCUUUCUGUUCAUUCAUCGAGUCGUCUGCUGAGCAAACGUUUUUUUUUUUUUUUUUUGUUGUUUUUGCUUUUCCUGUUCCUCAUACCGAGAGCAUGUUGUAGAAUGUCAGACUGAAUGCGCCUGUUGAAUCGGCAGCAAUUGCUUCGUCAUCCUGAAGAAAAGUGCCUAACUUUAUUUAUUGCAUUAUUUUUUUUUUUGUUUUUGUCAAAUGGAUUCUUACACCAAACGAUUCUCCUAGAAACACCAAAAUGGAUCAACCGAGGGCCCUCCGCUCCAAGCAUGUCUUGUUUGGCUAUUAUCGCUUUCGAUGGACUGGAUCUUGUGGCGGGCAAUGUGCAGCCCCCCCACUUGGGACUUUGGGCAAAAGGAAAAACCUCACACUUGCCAAUCAUUAGGAAUCGAUCUGUCACCAGCUGUACAAAAGUCGGCGAUGUAAACCGCGAUACUUCCGAGAGCCUUCCGGUGUAUCCGAAUAUUCAACAUGUGCUCCUUUGCAUGCUUGUUGUGCAAGGUCACGGGUCAAAAAAAAAAAAAAAAAAAAUACGUGGAGCGUCAACCCGAUUUCCAUCAUUCGCAAUGCUGAUGCGUUUCGCAAAAUAUUUGUGACCUCGAUGCAAUAAACCCACACGGCCUUCAAUUUCGGUGCAUCCAACUCCGUAUUUGUUUGAGUCGAUGAAUUGGAAUUGAACCUUGGCGUCCAUAUCGUCUCUUUCUUCCUUUGACAAAGCCAAGCGUCAUUAUUUUUUUUUCAAAACCUCCACGGAUCAACCGUUGAAUUCAAGGAAAAAUGAUCUACUUCUGCUUCAGACAUUACCGACAACCUGAAGAUCAGGUGUGUCAACCUCAUUUUUUUGUCGCGGGCCACUUCGGAGUUACGGCUUCCCUCGGAG